AUGGCUGAAAAUAAUAACGAAGUUGUACAAGAUUUAAAUAACAAUAACAGUGAAGAAAAUUCAAAUGAAACAGAAUCGACACUGGAAGGAGCUACUGGUGGCCAGGUGGAAAACCAUGCCAAGAAUGAUAAUGAAUUAUUGGAUAUGGUUUUUACAUUGGAAAGUGAAAAACAACAAUUGGUAGAGGAAUCACGUAAACGUAUGUCUGCUUUGCGCAAAGAUUUGGAGGAAGCAUUAACUGAAAAUGAAAAACUCAAAAGGAAAGUCAAUCAAUUGGAACAAUCCUUGAAGCAGUCAGUAAUGUUGGGCGGUGUGGAUGCCCCCAAGACACGACAAGAUCAAGAAGAGUUGCUGCUGAAAGCCAAAACUUUACUUUUCGAAAAGACCAAAGUCAACAAACAGCAGGAACAUCAAAUUGCCACCAUGAAAACUCAAGUGGAUGCCAUGAAAGAUGUUGUACAAGUCACAAAGGAUAUGCUGAAUUUAAAAACUGCCGAAUGUAAUCACAUGCAGGAACGUUUGAAUAAGGCCCAGCUGUGGGUUAAGGCAGAACAAGAUAAAUGCACAAUUUUAGAGAAGAAAUUACAGAUUUCGAAAAAUGUCUACGACAAAUUGAAGAGUGAACAUGAAUUGCAAACCAAGAUACAUCGUGAAUUGAAAUCCGUAUAUGAAGAGAAAGUCAAAUUGUUGAAUGAUACAAUAGAUAAAUUGAAAUAA